AUGGUGAAUUCUCGCGAGCAUUGGACAGGAGCGAGCGAGACUGUACAGUCUCCGGCGUCAUGCGUUAACGAACGACGCGCGAUCGAGAGAAGCCGCGGUCGGCGUGUAAGGUCAGCGGUGCGCGGGGCGGAGCGCGGGCAGCGGCGGCGGUUUGAGCCGCGGCGGGUGUUGCGCGAGCGUGUGCCGGCGCAGGUAGAGCGGCGUCUUGAAGCAGCGGCCGCACUGCGCGCACACCACCGGUUGCGCCUCGUGGAUGAGCCGCACGUGCUGGCGCAGGUUCGACGCGUUGGAGUAGCGGCGGCCGCACUGCGCGCACUGCACGCCCGCUCCGCUCGCGCCGCCCGCUGCCAACAACACCACGUUCGCACUGCGCCGUCCGGCCCGCUCGCCUCGCCGCGCCGCCGCACUACUGCACCACGCAACGCGUGGUGGGUUUUGGGCGGGCGAGCGGACGGCGGCCGUCGAGACCCCGACACCCGCGCACCGGCCUACAAAGCUGUUUCCGUCUUAAACAACCUUGUAGGGCUGGGACCUGAUCACGAGAGACCGCGCGCUCUUCUACGCCGAUUGAUAUUCGCCGGGGGCGCGGCUGCCGAGGCGACUAGUGCAUGUGAAAUGGCGUGA